CUGCAACAUCAAAUCAUCCCCUAAAUCCUUCACUUUUUAGCAAUUUUCUUUUUCCCUCAAUCAUUUUAUAGCUGUCCAUGUUAUAUUUCCCUGCUGCAUCUCUAGCCAAAUUAACAUAGAGCAAGUAAAUUACUAAAGGGCAGAGCUUUACACUCAAAAAUAGAAAAAUAAGGGAAAGGAAAGGAAAAAAAAAAAAAAAUCUUUCAUUACCUAUUAUUUCUCCUACUCUCUGCACAAUACUGUAUUUUCUCUUUUGAUCUUUCUGUCUCCACUAAAAAUUCUGUUCAGAACCGACAGACUUCAAAGGGAGAGAGAGAGAGAGAGAGAGAGAGAGAGAGCACCUGCCAACAGUACAGUAGUUACCUGUGAGAGCUUACAUAAGAGUUACUUUGGUGGGUGUUUAUGAUAUUUGCCUCGCAAAACCAUUACAUGAAGAUUCACCAUUUGGGUCUUGAAAAUGGAACCUUUACAAAAACCCCAUGUGGCUGUUGAUGAUGAAGAUAUAGAGGGAAGUGGUCACCACCACCAGUCAGAUGAUGAAGAGCAAAGAAGCUCUUCAAGUGAGUCUGGCUCUAGCAGUGAGAUUGUUAAGGAGAACAGAUCCUCUGUGUCAGAGGUGGAUCUGGAGUGUGGGCUGCCUGAGAUUAAGGUACAUUUGGCAAAGGUUGAAAGAGAUUGCAGGAUUUGUCAUCUGAGCAUGGAUGCAGGGAAUCAGGAUUCUGGUUUGCCUAUUGAGUUGGGAUGUUCUUGCAAGGAUGAUUUGGCUGCUGCUCACAAACAGUGUGCAGAAGCCUGGUUCAAGAUUAAGGGAAACAAAACCUGUGAGAUUUGUGGAUCACUUGCAAGAAAUGUUGCUGGCCCAAAUGAGGUUGAAUUGGUAGAACAAUGGAAUGAGGUGAAUGAAACUGCAGUAGCAACAACACUUCCACAUGUGCACACAACAGAAACCCGAAACUUCUGGCAAGGUCAUCGGUUCUUGAACUUCUUGCUAGCUUGUAUGGUCUUUGCCUUUGUCAUUUCUUGGCUCUUUCAUUUCAAUGUACCCUCAUAAUCCAGUGAUUAAGUAAUGUAUUUUUCUUUAGUUUGAUGACUGAAGAGAUUCCCAACACCUUAGUUCUUAAAGCCUAUAUAUGCAGAUAUCAACUGUCAUUUGUUAUUUGAGUCCCCUAUCUAUGAGCUGUUUAUAUUAGCAUCAGAGAUUUGAACAAACACUUCCAUUUUAUAUAAUCAAGAUUCAAGAACAUUUUCGUGUGUCGAUUUAA